GAAUGGAAAAUCCAGCUACUCUUGAUGAGCUCGAUAGGGUAAUAUUGGGCCACCACCCUAUUCUCACCACGCAAGUCUCUUCGUGAAGAAGAGGGAUGAAUGCGCAUGCGAACAUUUCAAUGUUCAUUCGGCGUCGGUCUCGCUAUGAGCGGUGGUGUCUACGGUGGUGAUGAGGUUGGCGCCAUUAUAUUCGACAUUGGGCAUCAAAGUCUACGAGUUGGUUAUGGAGGUGAGGACAGCCCAAAAGCCGAAAUUCCGACGAGUCUGGGGGUGUGGGAGGACUCGGCGGAGGCUACGGACGGGGUACACACUCCGAGAAAGCGAUAUAACAUCGAUGUUACUGCGAUACAAGUGCGCCGGAAAGAUAUGGAGAUAGUCAGCAUGAUGAAAGACGGAAUGAUAGACGAUUGGGACAUGUUCGAACGUCUAGCCGAGUACACCUACAAGCAGCGUCUCCAUGCUCUUGCCGAGCACCACCCGAUCCUAAUGACCGAGUGUCCCUGGAACACGCGAGUCAAGCGGGAAAAACUCCUGGAGUUGAUGUUCGAGAAGUUCAAUGUUCCUGCUAUGUACAUCUGCAAAAAUGCUGUGCUAGCUGCCUACGCUAAUGGACGAUCAACUGCAAUGGUCGUUGACAGCGGUGCCACCCACACAAGUGCAGUGCCCGUUCACGAUGGAUAUGUCAUUACUCAAGGGAUUGUAAAAAGUCCAUUAGGCGGUGACUUCAUUACCAUGCAGUGCCGGCAAUUUUUCGAGGAGAAAAAUAUUGAACUGAUGCCCGCCUGCUUGGUAGCCAGUAAAGAUAUAGUUAGGGAGAGGGAUAAUCCACGAUGGACAAAGAAAAUCGGCCCUCCACCCACAUCCACCUGGCUCAGUUACAUGGUUCGAGAAUUACUACAGGAUUUUCAGAUGAAUUGUCUUCAAGUCGCAGAUUCUCCGUACGACGAAGACGUUGCAAAUGCUCUACCAAUGAAGCAUUUCGAAUUCCCCACUGGGUACAAUGAUGAUUAUGGAUCGGUAAGGCUUAUGAUACCAGAAGCUCUCUUCGAUCCUAGUAAUGUGAAGGGGGUUGGAGCGAGCAUUCUUGGAAUUGGCCCUCUCGUCACCACCAGCGUUGGAAUGUGCGAUAUGGACAUAAGACCUAGUCUCUAUGGAAGCGUAGUUGUCACGGGUGGUAAUUCUUGUUUACAAGGCUUCAGUGAUCGUCUCAACCGAGAUUUAUCCAGCAAAACUCCACCGAGUAUGCGACUGAAAAUAAUGAGUGCCAAUAGCUCGAGCGAACGAAGGUUUGGUGCAUGGAUCGGAGGAUCCAUACUCAGCUCCUUGGGCACAUUUCAACAAAUGUGGCUAUCGCGACAAGAGUACGAGGAAUCUGGCAAGCGAAUACUGGAUAAAUGCGCCUAAAUUCAGAGAGUAAGAACAAUUGCAUUGUUUUUUAAUGCUAAUCUUAAUGAUACAGUCCACAUAGAAAUGAUCUGUGGGAUAUCUUUUUCAACGAUUGUUCCGAAAGUCUUUCUGGUGAGACGGGAAGAAUUGGCCUUCUAGAGACCGUCCCAGCUUACCAUAAAGCUCUUCGGAUAUUUUCCUACGCGGAAGUUUAUCGUGAUGAAUUAUGAAUUAGAGUAAGUAAUUUUUUAUGGAUAGUGCCAAAAUAAGCGCGGGUGCUCAUUAAGAAUACUUUGAUUACAUAUUUCAAAUAAGUUAACUCGUAAGCCGCAUCAAUUUUCGUCGUCUUCCUAUUUUUAUAAAGAAAAAAAAUACUACAUCGCUCAAGUAUGACUGAACAUUCGUGGCAAUCAUUUAGCAAUUACGCAAUCUCAAAUUAUCACAUAUGCUCAAAACAAUUUCCAUAUCUCAUGUAUAGAUUUUUGUAUGUGCGUAAACGUCGUAAUGUUGACAUUAAGCUCUUGAUGAUGGCUUUGUAAAUCCUUCGUUACUCAGUUUCAAAAAGCCGAUUUUGCAAGUUCUGAAUGUUUUCUAGCAUAUUACAACGGAGUCGGGAAUACAAUGGAUUUCUUAAAGCUCCUCGAUCUCUGUCAAAGCUUAAGAGACUUUUUUAAGAUUGAUGUACCUUAGUAAUGACCGAUGAUGAUGAAUGUUCCAGAAUAUUCUUGAAUUUUCGAUCAUUCAUCGCCUACGUAGAGAAGUAGCUUCAGACGAAAUGAGAUGACAAAACCCCAUUUCUUCUGAAACUUUUGGAAUUUUUGAUGAAUGCAUUUUUCCUCUUAAAUGCGGAUAAUUCGAUUAUUUGACAGGUGAUUUUGACGUAACAGGUCAUGUAAGUUCGCAUAAAGAAUACCGUUUUUUGUCCAUCAAUAGUGAUGCAUCACAAUUAUGUCAAAGAAUGUAUUUUGUACGUGAAAGUCAAUGCUGGCAUGCACAAAAAAAUGCAACGCAACACUAAUGCAACUAUGUAUGGAAAGUCUGAUGAGUAAUAAUAUUUGCGAGAGAAGUUUCACUUGGUGAAACAAAGAAUAAUUGAAACGUCAUAGACAGACAUUGUUCGGUGAGUGAUAAAAGGUAAGAAUGUGUAUUACGACUAAAAAAAAUAUGACCAUGUGCUCAUGUACGCACAUAUUUAUUCUUUGUAUAAUCAUAAUAAAAGAUCCUAAUAAAAGCUUAUCGAAUCAUGGUAUCCGAAGCGGACGUUGAUCCCAUGAUAGAGUUGUCGUCACAAUAAAUUCUCCGUGUACAUGAAAUUAAAGAUAACUAUACCUGGAAUAAAUUAUCCCUGUGGUACCCAUAGGAACCACUGAGCGUGAUUAUCAAAAAUACGUCCGGUUUGUGCCACAAAGGCAUUCGCACUUGCAUUCUGUUCAUUCUCGCCCACGUUACAUCAAUUAUCCUUAAUAAAACAUUUGCAAUACUCAAAAAAAAA